UCAGUAGUAUCACUCUAGAGCUCGAUGCGUACGGACGCUCUCGUUUGUGGUGAAACAAGUUUUUAAACUAAAACCCUCACUAUACGCAGUGAAUGUCAGGGACUAUCCGAAAUGAAUGGUAAGAUGAGAGCAACGACGGGGUUGAUAAACCUGUUGGCAUUCAUUUGCACGUUCGCUGGAAAUGACAUCAAUGGAGAACUGUUGCCAGAAAAUGUACCCUUAUCACAAUCGGUUUCAAAUAAUCCACUCAUGCCAAACGAUGAACAAAGUGUUAGAGAUUGCCCAUACACAAACUUUCCAUACGCUAAAAGAGGAUUGGCUAGUUCAAUUUUUGCAGAACAGUACCAGGAUAAAACCUUUGCUCAUGUAGUCAAACUUGAUACAGUCGAGGAAUCAUCAUGUGUCGGCAUAAUCGUAGAUCAAUCUCACAUUCUGACUACGAAACAAUGUGCACAGAAAGAACCCCAAACGAUCAGUUUUCAAAAUGUAACUUUACCGCGCUGGGGUAUUCUCAACACAAAGUACCAUCUUAGCCUUGAUGUCGCCAUUAUACAACUUAAAACCAAUUUAAGCAUAGACAAACAGAUCACACCCGCAUGCUUGUGGACCGGCUCAACCAGUAAUGGGUUUUCCAGAGUUCAACGUGUUUCAAGGGAUUAUCAUACUGGUGGAUUGACGAUUAGUUCAACUGAAUGUAAAAUUGGAGGGCGAGCGCAGUGUUUCGAAAACGCAAAAAAGGCAUCCGAUGGUUUUCUACAGGUCCAAGCCGUUUCCAACUACCGACAGCAUCCAUUUCUGAUUGCGCUUGGUUCUGAUGCUGAUGGAUCGCUACUGGAAGUGUCGAGUUAUUGGGAGUGGAUUCAAACCGAGACGGGUUCCAGUGUGGAUCCCAUUGAAUGUGCUGUAAGAUACUUCAAAUUACGGGAGUAUGAUGACCGAGUCGCCACCGUUCACCGUUCUGAUAAAUACCAAUCAAUCCAGUUGAUGAACGCAUAUGUUGCCCCCUCAGUCAAUAACGGUUAUAAAGUUUUGAUUGGUCACUACGUAGAGGAUCCAGUUAAGGAAACCGUUGUCACCUAUAGUUGCUACGGUACUUUGAUACAUCGUAACUUUGUGUUGACUACAGCGAGCUGCAUUGACGGUUUCAAAAAUGAAGCUUUGAUUGUAGAAAUGAAACAAGAUAGAACAUAUCGGCUGUCCUCCGAUCCAAAUUUUUUACUGAAAGCCCAAAGUCAGUAUUUGGAACAGGUAACCGUGGCAGAAGUUUUUCUACAUCCCAAUUUUAGUAUAUCACCACUGCACGACGAUUUGGCACUAUUGCUACUGGAUCCUGUUGAGUUGAAAUUUGACACUAACUUUAAACCGGCCUGUCUGUGGACUUACGACUCUAUCAAAAUAGAAGCAUUUCAAACUAACGGUCAUGGCCCCCAGAGGACAGUUGAAAAUCUAGAAGAACGAGUUGAGCUGUUGCUUCAGGACAGAAGCGAAACAGAGCUCUAUUUGAUUUCUAAAGUGCUGGAGGAUUGUCCCUUCAAUUUGACCAGGAAUCAAAUGUGCGUGGGAGAAACCGGUACACUCGUACCUGGGACCUGCAAGUCCAACUUGGGUUCGGCAAUGUCUCGUGAAAUUGGAAUUUUUCAUUCUUUUUAUUAUGACUACGUCUUUGCGAUCAACAGCAAAGGAGAUGAAUGCGGCAUCAAUGUACCUUCCACGUUCACGAAAGUUGCACCGUAUGUUAAAUGGAUUGACAGUAUCAUCUUUGGCGAAAAUGUUGAAUUCAACAACUCCGACAUCUACUACGGUGACGAAUGCAAGUUGCGAGGUGGAUCUACAGGAGUGUGUCUAACGGUUGAAGAAUGUCCCGGAAUUGUUGAUGACCUGAUGACAGGAGACGCUGCAAACUUGGAGCACUGUGGUUUCAUGAAGGGAGACAUUAUGGUGUGCUGUUCCUCCAUGGAUUCGGCUCCAAGUAAUCUACCAAGCACUGAUCUCAAUGAGUUGGUGAAAGAAAUCGAUCAGUGUCCGGAGUUAUACUCAGAUCUUCGAAAGGGUAGAUCUCCAUACAAUUUUUGGAAGGGUGAAGAGACCUUUUUGGGAUUGAUCAAAUCAAACUCUUCAUCAAACACAUGCGACGCAACUUUAAUCGCUAAAAACUUUGUCAUCACCUCCGCUAGUUGCUACAAAAGAUUUUCCCAGGACGAGCAAUUAAGUGUCAAAAUAGGUUCGAACAAUGUACAACACAGCGGCGUGGAGAAAGUCGUGGUUCAUCCUCUACACGAAGCAAACAGCCACGAGAACAAUCUUGCAGUGCUGAAGUUGAAAAACGCAGUCACCGUUAGCGAAGAAUCGAUUCCAGCUUGCCUAUGGAAUACGCGAUCGCACAUCCCCUUUGCAUUGGAAAUAAUCGGAACGACGAAUAACGAAGUUUUCAAAGUUCCAGCCUAUCCUCUGUAUCAGAAAAGAUGCGAAAAGCAACGAUUUUCGAAUCUUACCAGUACUGAACUCUGUGCAGCGCACGAAGGAUCUGCUGUCAAAGAAAACUCGAUGAUCUGCCAUGACGCUGGAAGUGGUAUCUACAACUACUACGCCCAUGGUUUGUAUGAAUCACAAGUUUCGUAUCUUGUGGGAAUCUAUACCCGUGGAACCGACUGCGAAGAUAGUGCCGUGGGAAUCUUUACUCGAAUAAGUCACCAUUUCGGUUGGAUCAAAAGUGUUAUUUAUCGUAACUUUUAACGAAUUAAAGUAAGCAGCAACAUA